AUAGUAUUAUAAUAUGUGCUUAUAUAUCAACAUUAAGAAUUGACAUCGUUUGUGUGUACACUUAAGAAUAAUUUUAUACUUUGAAGGCUGUUUAUUAAAUAUAUGCAGGCACUUACCUAUCCACUUUAAAAAUGAGAUACUACUUGUAUUAUUUUGCAUAGAAUACAUAACUCAUCGGAAGGAAAGGAGAGAUUUGCUUGAAAAUCACUAGAGUUUGGAUUGAAAAACUUGUUACGAUAAAUGUUUGAAAAGUAUUAACAAAAAAGGUAAUAUAAAAUGAACACUAAAGCUCUUUUGGGGAUUAUUUUUGUAUUUGUUGGGUGUUGCAGCAAUGUCGUAUUUCUAGAAUUGUUAGUUAAGGAAGACCCGGGGUCGGGAAAUUUGAUAACUUUUUGUCAGUUUGCUUUUAUAUCGUUGGAGGGAUUUAUUUUUACAUCAAAAUUUGGAACUCAAAGACCUAAAAUAGGUUUAAAAGAUUAUUUUAUUCUCGUUGUUAUGUUCUUCGUCUCAAGUGUUUGCAAUAAUUAUGCUUUUGAUUUUAAUAUUCCUAUGCCAUUACAUAUGAUUUUCAGAGCGGGAUCUUUAAUAGCUAAUAUGAUCAUGGGAAUCUUAAUUUUGAAAAAGGAAUACGAGUUUUCAAAGUACUUAUCAGUAUUUAUGAUAACAGCUGGAAUAAUUUUGUGCACAAUAGUCUCUGGAACAGAAGUGAAAGAUACAAGCAAUCCGGAACACGCUAAACUUAGGAAUCUUGAAUUAAGUUCAAACCAGUUUUCGGUUUUCUUUUGGUGGGCACUUGGAAUAACUUUAUUAACCGUGGCUUUAUUUAUAUCAGCGCGAAUGGGUAUUUAUCAAGAGGUUCUCUAUAAAAGAUAUGGGAAACAUCCUAAAGAAGCAUUGUUUUAUACACACUUGCUUCCUUUACCAUUUUUUUUCCUUAUGUAUAGGAAUAUAUUGGAGCAUGCAGCUAUUAGUAGUUCAACAACGCCUGUUAGUUUACCAGUAGUUGGACUCCAAAUACCAAUAAUGUGGUUGCACUUACUAGGAAAUGUGUUGACCCAAUAUGUCUGCAUUAGUUCUGUGUAUGUAUUGACUACUGAAUGCUCUUCUUUAACAGUGACUUUAGUUGUGACUUUAAGGAAAUUUGUUUCUUUAUUAUUUUCGAUUGUAUAUUUUCAAAAUCCGUUUACAAUAUUUCAUUGGGUUGGUACAAUUUUAGUUUUCACGGGCACUAUAAUAUUUACGGAAGUGGUUCCUAGAAUAAGAUCUAGUUUAGUAACCGAUAAAGUACAACAUGUUAAAAAAAUCGGAACAAAGAAAAUUGAUUAAUUACAAUAAAUUUGAACUUUUUGGCUAAGGAACAUUAAUUAAGAUUUUGUUGAAUUUAUUUAUGUAAAACUUCGGCAUUAAAAUUCAAAAAUUUUUGUUUUUGAAAAUUUUAUAUGUAUGUGCAUGUGAUACAAAUCUUAAGCUAAGUAUAUGUAGAUAAAUUUUUAUAAGAUUGUAUAUAUGUGUAGUUAAUAAUUUUUAAAACGUUGCACUUUUUGUUGAGAUAAUUUUUAAAUCUAACUUAAAAUCGAAAAAUUGGCUCAAUUUUAAAUAAAUUUUUGGGAUUUGUAAACAAUUAAAA